UCUGAACCAAAGAGUAAAACAGUGAAAUGUGGAUUAUUAAAUAUUAGGUCUCUCUCCUCCAAGUCUCUGUUAGUACAUGACUUAAUAAUUGACCAACAAAUCGAUUUACUCUGCCUUACAGAAACCUGGUUGCAGCAGGAUGAUUAUGUUAGUUUAAAUGAAUCAACACCCCCGAGUCAUUCUAACUACCAGAAACCUCGAAGCACAGGCCGAGGGGGCGGUGUGGCAGCAAUUUUUCACACCAGUCUAUUAAUUAACGAAAGACCAAGACAGACUUUUAAUUCAUUUGAAAGCCUGAUGCUUAGCCUUGUCCACCCCAGCUGUAAAACUCAGAAACCAGUCUUACUUGUUAUCAUCUAUCGUCCACCUGGGCCUUACACAGAGUUUCUCUCUGAUUUCUCAGACUUUUUAUCUGAUUUAGUGCUCAACUCAGAUAAAAUAAUUAUUGUGGGUGAUUUUAACAUCCAUGUAGAUGCUAAAAAUGACAGCCUCAAAAUUGCAUUUAAUCUGUUAUUAGACUCAAUUGGCUUCUCUCAAAAUGUAAAAGAACCCACCCACCACUUUAAUCACACUCUAGAUCUUGUUUUAACAUAUGGCAUAGAAACUGAACAUUUAACAGUGUUUCCUGAAAACCCUCUGCUGUCUGAUCAUUUCCUGAUAACAUUUACAUUUACAAUAAUUGAUUACACAGCAGUGGAGAGUAGACUUUAUCAAACUAGAUGUCUUUCUGAUAGUGCUGUAACUAAGUUUAAGAAUAUAAUCCACCCACUGUUAUCAUCUUCAAUGCCCUGUACCAACAUAGAGCAGAGCAGCUAUCUGAACGCUACUCCAACAGAGGUCGAUUAUCUUGUUAAUAAUUUUACCUCCUCACUACGUACGACUCUGGAUACUGUAGCUCCAGUGAAAACUAAGGUCUCAAAUCAGAAGUACCUGACUCCGUGGUAUAAUUCUCAAACACGUAGCCUAAAGCAGAUGACUCAUAAGCUGGAGAGGAAAUGGCGUGUCACAAAUUUAGAAGAUCAUCAUUUAGCCUGGAGAAAUAGUUUGCUGCUUCAUAAGACCCUCCGCAAAGCCAGAACAUCUUACUAUUCGUCACUGAUUGAAGAAAAUAAGAACAACCCCAGGUUUCUCUUCAGCACUGUAGCCAGGCUGACAAAAAGUCAGAGCUCUACUGAGCCAACAAUCCCUUUAACGUUAACUAGUAAUGACUUCAUGAACUUCUUCAGAAAUAAAAUUUUUAUCAUUAGAGAAAAAAUUACCAAUAAUCAUCCCACAGAUGUAAUAUCGUCUACAGCUACUUUUAGUACCAUUAAUGUUAAGUUAGACUCUUUUUCUCCAAUCGAUCUUUCUGAGUUAACUUCAAUAAUUACUUCCUCCAAACCAUCAACGUGUCUUUUAGACCCCAUUCCUACAAAACUGCUCAAAGAAGUCCUGCCAUUAAUUAAUUCUUCAAUCUUAAAUAUGAUCAAUCUAUCUCUAAUAAUUGGCUAUGUACCACAGGCCUUCAAGGUGGCUGUAGUUAAACCCUUACUUAAAAAGCAAUCUCUAGACCCAGCUGUCUUAGCUAAUUAUAGGCCAAUCUCCAACCUUCCUUUCAUAUCAAAAAUCCUUGAAAGAGUAGUUGUCAAACAGCUAACAGAUCAUCUGCAGAGGAAUGGCUUAUUUGAAGAGUUUCAGUCAGGUUUCAGAGCUCAUCACAGCACAGAAACAGCUUUAGUGAAGGUUACAAAUGAUCUUCUUAUGGCCUCUGACAGUGGACUCAUCUCUGUGCUUGUCCUGCUAGACCUCAGUGCAGCGUUUGAUACUGUCGACCAUAAUAUCCUUUUAGAGCGAUUAGAACAUGCUGUAGGUAUUACAGGUACUGCACUGCAGUGGUUUGUAUCAUAUCUAUCUAAUAGACUCCAAUUUGUUCAAGUAAAUGGAGAGUCUUCUUCACAUGCUGAGGUUAAUUAUGGAGUUCCACAGGGUUCAGUGCUAGGACCAAUUCUAUUUACAUUAUACAUGCUUCCCCUAGGUAGCAUCAUUAGAAGACAUAGCAUAAAUUUUCACUGCUAUGCAGAUGAUACGCAGCUCUAUCUAUCCAUGAAGCCAGGUAACACACACCAAUUAGUUAAACUGCAGGAAUGUCUUAAAGACAUAAAGACCUGGAUGGCCGCUAACUUCCUGCUUCUUAAUUCAGAUAAAACUGAGGUUAUUGUACUCGGCCCUGAAAAUCUUAGAAAUAUGGUAUCUAAGCAGAUCCUUACUCUGGAUGGCAUUACCUUGGCCUCCAGUAAUGCUGUGAGGAACCUUGGAGUCAUUUUUGACCAGGACAUGUCCUUCAAGGCACAUAUUAAACAAAUAUGUAAGACUGCUUUCUUCCAUUUGCGCAACAUCUCUAAAAUUAGAAAUAUCCUGUCUCAGAGUGAUGCUGAAAAACUAGUUCAUGCCUUCAUUACUUCCAGGCUGGACUACUGUAACUCAUUAUUAUCAGGAUGUCCUAAAAACUCCCUGAAAAGUCUUCAGUUAAUCCAAAAUGCUGCAGCAAGAGUACUGACAGGGACUAGAAAGAGAGAGCAUAUUUCUCCUGUUUUGGCUUCCCUUCAUUGGCUUCCUGUUAAAUCCAGAAUUGAAUUCAAAAUCCUGCUCCUCACAUACAAGGUCUUAAAUAAUCAGGCCCCAUCUUAUCUUAAUGACCUUGUAGUACCAUAUCACCCUAUUAGAGCACUUCGCUCUCGCUCUGCAGGCUUACUUGUUGUUCCUAGAGUAUUUAAAAGUAGAAUGGGAGGGAGAGCCUUCAGUUUUCAGGCCCCUCUUCUGUGGAACCAGCUUCCAGUUUGGAUUCAGGAGACAGACACUAUCUCUACUUUCAAGGUUAGGCUUAAAACUUUCCUUUUUGCUAAAGCAUAUAGUUAG